GGUAAAAGCACUGACUUGCUCUUCGUAUGGCUACCGCAAUUCAUCGUGAGGCCACAUGCGCUACUACGAUUCUGGAUGGAAACUGACUGUCAGGGAAACCCGCCGAUGUAUGGGGACUUCGAAGCUCAGCGACAUUGGAUGGAAAUUACAAUCCACAUUCCGGCGAACAAGUGGUAUGUAAACGGCACUGAUAAUGACUUGCUGUACUGGGGCCUCGACUAUCCGCCUCUCACUGCCUAUCACAGCUAUUUCAUGGGCAUGAUAGCACAUUUCCUGAAUCCUGCAUGGGUUGCGCUGAAUUCCUCCAGAGGGAUUCAGGACGAGCUGCAUAAAAUGUUUAUGCGUAUUACGGCUAUUCUACCUUUCCACUUUAUCUAUAUGCCUGCUCUGGUUUACUUCCUCUAUUAUGAAGUUAAAGCAAAGGAUAAAUCAAUAAACUCGUUACUGGCACUAACAUUACUUUAUCCAGGCCUAAUCGCAAUAGACAACGCUCAUUUUCAAUACAAUAGUGUUUCUUUGGGACUAUUCCUCAUCUCAUUUCUUUUCCUUAUAAAUCGAAAGCUUCUACUCGGUUCGAUCUUUUUCGUAUUUUCCUUGAACUACAAGCAGAUGGAACUCUAUCAUGCACUUCCUAUAUUUGUGUUUAUACUUGCACGAUGCCUGAAGAGGCCUUUAUGGGCUAAUCUUACUGUUAUACUAACGUUUGCAAUCAUCUGGCUGCCCUUCAUAUAUAAUGGUUCACAAAGUGUUCUCGCCGUUCUUGGACGAAUUUUUCCUUUUUGUCGUGGACUUUAUGAGGAUAAGGUCGCUAGUGUUUGGUGUGCUUUCUCCUUCAUUUUGCGCAUGAAUUCCCACUUUUCUUUGGACACCGCUGUAUCUGUCCUUCUAGCCUCUAUUCCUUCUCUGGUAUUGUUAUUUCUGCGGCCAACUACGAAGAAUUUCACACUAAGCUUGUUCAUCACUUCGCUUGCCUUUUUUCUGUUUUCCUUCCAAGUUCAUGAGAAGUCUAUACUGUUGGCAGCAGUGCCAGCACUUUUGUUGCUCCCGGACUACCAAGUUGCAGUUCAAUGCAUCGCUUAUCAUCUGUCCUGUCUAACAGCGCUGGCAAUCUGUGUGGCCGAGUGGACACUCACUCCACCUCAGCGAUACCCUCAUAUAUUCCCUCUCAUGAACGCUGUGUACAGCUGUGCCCAUUUUCUUCUUUUUAUGGCAUAUUUCUAUUUUGAUAUGCGGGAUUCCAUUUAA